UUUACAUUUCUCCGAGACGUCAACAUCCCAACAAAAGGCUCUUAUCCUCCCCUCUCUUUUUUUUUCAUUGCAUUUUAUUUCUCCUUCACACAUCAUGUCUGAGGCACAAAUUGCUCAUCGUCGUUUGGUUCAAUCCCUCUACAAGCGCUCGCUCAAGACGGCCCAGGAUUGGUACAUCGACACGAACCUGUUCCGCCGUAAGGCAGUCGAGCUUCGCAUGCAGUUCGAGGCCAAUAAGAAUCUUCGCCACCCUCGUCAGAUCGCUCAAGCUGUUCAGGAGGCUGAACGUCAGCUUAAGGAAUUGAGACAUCCUGAUCCUUAUAUUGCCCCCACUGCUCCUGGUGGUACCAAGUUUGAGCGUAACAUUCCCCCCAAUCCUGCGGAGCCUGCUGAUCACCAUUAGAAGAUUAAAAAAAAAAAGAAAAGGCAAGACAAGUCAUACCUUUCUUUUUUGUUCUUCUUUUUGGAGAUUAUACCGACGAUGGAAAUAUCUGGAAUAGACAAUAAAACAUACAUGUUGAAAUGAAAACUUGUACCUCAAUCAAUUCAUGUCAAGCAAUAAAAUUAAUAAAACAAU